AUGGUGAACAGUCUCUGGUUCAAGUGGAAGAGCCUUCGGCUACCUUGGCGGCGAUCCUUUCUGGUCGGUCACGACCUCGCCGGAAAUACUUUCUGGGAGUUCAAGGACGUUGUGAAUGCCAGUAGAUACCGCCGUAUUGUGAAGUUUGAUCCCAAAACACAUUAUGGAGAUGUCCAAGUCACACCACAAUGGCAUCAAUGGCUACGAUACGUUCGAGAACAUCCGCCGAGUCUUGAAGAACAGCAACAGGACUUGGUUCGCCAGGCGCAGAUCAAGCAACUCGCUCGACUUGCAGAUGAACGCUGGGCCAGCAAGCCGUCCUUCCUUGACAAACCAAAAACCCAACAACCACCGCCACCCACGGAAUCCAGUGAAACCUCAGUGAAUCAGACCGCCGAGUCUCUUCAAGAAGCGUCGGCAACCGCUUCCUCGACCCCUACCCCCAAACCUGCAUCUGCCAAACCAAAGCCCGCGAAAGAAGAUCCGUGGGCAAAGGCGAACCCCGGCAAUCCAGGAGAUACUUGGCAGCCCGAGUCAUGGACUCCUUCAUCGAAGCGGUGA